GACGACGUAAAAGCGUAGGAUGUAGCACAGUUCGUGGCUAGCGAGCUGCUAGUAACGGUAGGACGUCCGAAAAUAUAUAGGCGCCGCGAUUAAGAUUUGUUUCGCUACAUGACCAAGGAGUGCCUCUUUACCAGACAGGUUGUUUUUCACCAGAUGUGAUGCAUCUGCAAUACAUCACAAGCUGAAUGGAAGCAUUCAAAGCCUUUCAUGAGUGAGGAGGUUGUGCGUCCGAGUGAUGUACUAUGGGGUAUGACGUUACGAGGUUUCAAGGGGAGGUGGAUGAGGACUUGCUGUGCCCCAUUUGUAGUGGAGUGUUGGAAGAGCCAGUGCAGGCUCCACACUGCGAGCAUGCCUUCUGCAACGCCUGUAUAACACAGUGGUUUGCCCAGCAGCAGAUUUGUCCUGUUGACCGCACAGUGGUGACGUUAGCGCACCUCCGGCCUGUGCCUCGCAUCAUGCGCAACAUGCUGUCCAAACUCCAAAUCAGCUGUGACAAUGCAAGCUUUGGCUGUACGGCCACGCUGAGACUGGACCAGCUGCAGUCACACCUCAAAGACUGUGAGCACAACCCCAAAAGGCCUGUCAACUGUGAGGAGGGAUGCGGGCUUGAGAUGCCCAAAGAUGAACAACCCAACCAUAACUGCAUCAAACAUCUGCGGAGCGUUGUUCAACAGCAACAAACCAAGAUUUCAGAGCUGGAGAAAACGGUGGCAGAGCAUAAACACCAGUUAGGGGAACAGAAACGAGACAUUCAGCUGCUGAAAGCCUACAUGAGAGCCAUCCGCAGUGCUAACCCUAAUCUGCAGAACCUUGAGGAGAGCAUCGAGUACAAUGAGAUUUUAGAGUGGGUGAACUCCAUGCAGCCCGCCCGUGUGACGCGCUGGGGUGGCAUGAUCUCCACUCCUGAUGCUGUGCUCCAGGCGGUCAUCAAGCGCUCCCUCAUUGACAGCGGCUGUCCUCUGUCCGUUGUGAACGACCUGAUAGAGAACACCCACGAGCGCAACUGGCCACAGGGACUGGCGACCCUGGAGGUGCGGCAGAUGAACAGGCGUUACUAUGAGAACUACGUCGCCAAGCGUAUUCCAGGCAAGCAGGCAGUGGUGGUGAUGGCCUGCGAGAAUCAGCAUAUGGGGGAGGACAUGAUCCUGGAGCCCGGUCUGGUCAUGAUCUUUGCUCACGGCGUGGAGGAGAUCUUAUAACUGUACGGCGAGCUGAGCUGAUCCAGAGACACGUGGGAUUGAUUUUGCUUGGCGGGGCUCUGUUGUGACGAGUAAGUUUCCCCUCGUUAAGGUGAAACUGUCUGAAUACAUCUGGCUUAUUUAAAAGAAAAAAGAGCUCCUAAGCUUCAUACCUAUGCCUUAAAGUAAGGACAAAUAUGUUAUAAACCUGGCAAGAUAGAAACUUAAUCUGACUGAUAUCUAAGAUAGAAGGUAAGAUGUGAUGUUUACAAGGUUUAUAUUUAGUGCAUUAUAUGAUCUGAUUGUUCUUCUCCAUGUCCUAAUGUAAUAAGUUGAGCCCCCAAUGAAAUCAGUUGUAUAAAUGCUUGUAAAUACAAAUACUAUAUUGAAAUAUAAAUGUCAUUCUCUUAUUCCCUUUACUGUAAUUAGGUUGUGAUUUUUGUUAAUCUCUGUUCUGUUUAGUCAGCCUCUGUUACUGUUUGCUUGGACGUCGACUCUGAAAUUUUCUUGUUGCGCUUUUUUGUUUUUUUAAGUAUUUAGGUUCCUGUGAAUAUUUUCUAAGACGUUGUGCUUCUCAGUUUAGAUUGUCCAAAACCUUCUGUGCCAUUCAUUUUUAUUUAUUGUGUUGCCUUUUACACAGACGUGCUUGAAGGUGUUACCAUUUGAUGUACGGAAAUUUGCCUUUUUUGGUGCAUUUGAAGUUCACUGCAAGAAGAAGAAGAAUUGAUUUUGUGUUUUCAUUGUUGCCUCAGUUGUGUAUGUGUGUGUAAACAUAUAUAUAUAUAUAUAUAUAUAUGUAUAUAUAUAUGUAUAUAUAUAUAUGUGUAUAUAUAUGUUCUCUGUAUGUUGGGUCCAGUUAAAUUGAAGGUUGAACAUUUAGGGUUUUAUCUAUGUAUAAUGACUUUUACCUGACAAAUCGUAAUCAGGUGAUCCUGAAUCGUAGACACUGAUGUCAUCACUCUUCACAGUUAGCAUUCAUGCAUUUAUUCACUGAGAACCACAGCUUGGAGAUUGUAAAAAAACAAAAAAAAAACAUCUGUGAAGUCACUCUGAAGGUUUUUGAGAGAUUCACUAUUAGUCACUUAGACAAGACUCCAGACGUGCGGUAGAAAAGCUCAUUAAAGUGCAGUAAACAGA